UUGAAAUUCGCCUCGCCAGUCUUGUGCUGCAUUCAAAGUUAUUGUAAAAUACCCUUUUCCCAACCAGUGGUUGUUACUUACUGGUUUAAUUUACUGGUUAACUUACGCGCCAACCUUAUGCUCCUUAGCUUUCUGAUUCAUCCACAUUCCACUGUAACACAAGUUGCAUUGUGUCAAAAUGCUUUAGCUUAAAUUACACAAGUAUAAUUAGCAUAAAACUGACAUUUGAAUAUUUGACCUGCACACGUAACGUCGGGCAUAACGUUACGUUAGUGUCAGGAACCCUCUUCCCAUUCUUGAAGACACUCUGAUUCGGCCAAAUCGUCAAACUCAAGGCUUCAAAACAGUAGUGCGCAAUCCAGUGGGUGACGUCACUGCUGCUCCGUCCAUUAUUUUUCUAUAUUAUAUUUUUCUAUUUUGUCUAUGGUGUCUAGUUACCUGUUGGCGUCUCACCAGAAAGAAGUCAGUCAGUUGGAGCCCGUAAAUGUCUCAGGAGGGCUGUAGAAAGGAUGGAGCAUCCUGCUAAGUGUUCUCCGUCUGGGACAAAGUGAAGGCCCUCUGUAACGGCGCUUCUAUAGCGAUGAAGAGUGUUUAGCAGACUGUUUUUGGCCGCUAUCCCUCAUUCCAGUGAUUCCUCAGUGCCUAUGGGCAUUGGCACAGAGAGAGAGGGGUGGAGGGAGAGAUGGCUAAGGCUUAGACCCCGCUCUGCAGGGUCAGCCACUGCCCCAGGUGCACAUGGGGAAACACUUAGCGUCUCUCUGAUUAUUCCAUAUCUCCCUCUGUCUGUGUCUCACUUUCUCUCUUUUAUCCCUUUCUUUCACCCCCACCACCACCCAGGGCUGCUGUUCUCAUUGCACAUGCAAUAUCAUGCACGUGACUAUGCGUAUUUUGUGUGUUAAGAUCGUUAAGCUACACUGUGGUCUGCACUCACUGUGUCCUCAGCGCCGUCUUUGAUACCGUUGUGUUUUAUUCCUGUCCUAGACGUUCUCCCCUGGUUCUGAGCACUUGUACUGGCUAACCGUGUUUCCCCCUGAACCCCGAGAACUCCAUCAGACAUCAGUUGUCUUUGGCAGCUGCUGUGACAUUACUUUACCUGGUCAAGAAAAGAGAACGUUAUUCUACACCGGCUGUAAAUUACAAGUACGGGACUUUCUUUGUGAGGUUUUGGGCUCCCAGUGGAGACCAUUUUUGAGGCGAACACAACUGUUUUUCUGUUGCACACCGGUCCACAUAAAACUCCCAAAAUUAUAGUCUCCCCCCUCCCCCCCACGCUUUUUUUUUCUUUCUUGUAGCUUAAAAUAAGACUGGUAAUCAAUCAAAUAAAUGAAGACUGAAUCUGUCAGUCCACAGCUUUUUGGGAUUUUAGGAAUACCAUGCCCAUAGGCCAGCAAAUGUGCGACUGAACUGCGACGUGACCCUGCCCUGCUAAUCCUCUUCUGAUGAGGAGAUGACUCACGUCACCUCAGGUCCAGUCACAUCUCGGUUGUUGGCGCUCUUGGGGACAGCGCGUCGGACCGCCUACAGCCAAGGCGGGACGUGAUCGAGACCGGGACAACUGCCACGUCACCCUCUGCGUAGUCACUGGCUGUUGACUCGCAGAUGAAACAAAGGUGCAACCUGACCUGCGGCCUAAUCGCUGGUGUGAACAGCCACGGGGUAUGUUCCAAAAAAAUGCUAACCGGGCGGUGACACAUCACUAAGACGGACUUGUAUUCGGGUUGAAAUUUGGAUAAACAGUGGAGGGAGUAAAAGGGUUUUAUCGUAUUCGUAAAAAAAAAAAGCUUUCAACAGCCGUCACGUUAUUUUCCAUUGACUCCCAUUUAUUUGACUGUCGCUACAGAAAGUGACUAAAGCUCUUCUACAAGUUGUCAGAAAGCUGCUUUUGCAACGGUAUGUCUCAGUGAAUCCCCUCCUUUUGCUCAAUCUAUCUUCAGUUGUCUCCUGGCGGGUUUUUGUUCCCACCCGCUCUCUGCCUCUCACCCCACCCUCUUCUCCUCCGCAUAUGGGAUUCACAUUUGGCUUCGCUGGGCCCGUUUUCUUAAUGUGAUGUUAUGAUACAUUAUCUGAAGCCAUUUACGUCCUGUCACGACCUCGUAUGUGGACACAAGCUGAGUAAGCCAAGGACAGGAAGGUCAUAUUCUCUCCAGGAGCCUGUUUGGUGGAGUAUAGGCUUUCACCCUCUCCUGCUGCCGGCUGUAAAUCGCCUCUGUCGAAGGUGUUCGUGUGCAUGUGUGAGGGGGGAACAGAAGGGUGUCUGUCUUCAUGUUGAGCCAUGUGAGAGUGAUGGAUGAGGUGGCUGCUCUGCGCCGGGCUCCAUUGCUUUAUGUUUUCGUCGUUUUUUUUUCCCAAACACACAGGCACAGCACCGACAUGUAAUUGUUUACAGAUGAAGACAAGUAAUCCAAAAUGAAAACCGAGUGACUCGUGCUAACAGUUGACCCUCUGGGUCCUGUAUAUUUUUUUUUAAAAGUGGAGGACAAUCGCAGGUUUACGCCACAGAUGCUCCGAUCAGGAGCAGAUUGCUGAGACGGAGGUGGAUCCAGGCAGUGGGGGAUGGAGCAGCCCGACGACGCGACCCUGCGACAACCUUUCUCCCUACAGCUCGCUGAUCUUGAACCUCCGCUGUUCUAGCAGGAAGAAGAGAGAGAGUGAGAGAGAGAGACGAAGACAUCCCCCGUUUGUGAGGCCCUGAAACACAACGAGUGAUACAAGCGAGAAAGAGACGUAAAAAAGAAAGAAAAGGGAAACAAAGAGAGCGCAACGUGAGGAUCGAGAGCCUCGGGGUGGUUCCGAUCAUGAAACCUUUCAUCUCUGUGGCCCCCCCCUCAGGCCUGCUUCUGGUCCUGAUGUGCUGCCCCCUGCUGGGCUGGGUCCAGUCCGCCAGCAGCAACAUGGCCAGCGAUAACGGACACCCACACCUGGGAGACUCGGACCCACAGCGCUGCAUGAGGCACCACUUUGUGGAGACCAUCACACACCCCAUAUAUAAGUGCAACUCCAAGAUGGUGUUGCUGGCGCGCUGCGAGGGCCACUGCAGCCACAUCACGCGCUCCGACCCCCUCAUCUCCUUCAGCUCGGUGCUCAAACAGCCCUUCAAGAGCACCUGCUCCUGCUGCCGGCCGCACACCUCCAAGCUGAAGGCGGUGCGGCUGCGCUGCUCCGGCGGGACUCGCAUCACGGCCACUUACAGAUACAUCCUCGCCUGCAACUGCGAGGAGUGCAGCUGAGCGGGUGGGGGGGGGGGGGAGCAGCACCCUCCCACACCCUCAUGACUCUCACGAACCAAAUCCUCUUUCUCUAAGGCCAUAAGGAGUGUUUGUUUCGGUUGGUUAUUGGAUCGGAAACUCGCCCUCGGAGGACAGCGGCUCGAGUUGCUUGCUGUUAUCUUGGGAGUGAGACUAUGGAGCAAUCGUACACACACACCCCCCCCCUCUACACAGACCUUAAAAUUGACCCCCAGCCUUUUGGGACUCAGACCGAACAUACUAUACCCUCUCCAUGAUGCUUUCAAUCACUGCAAAAACCGUGCUUCUCCAGCACACGAAGGCCAGACACCACAAACCGCUGCUCCCAUGAGCCAUUUGGAGACCCUCCUCCCUCAUUACAGGCCUCCCUAAUUCAUAACACACAUGCUCACCAAAACCGCAGCAUGAGAGCUCAUUACAGAUAUCUGCGACGGCCCGGCUCCAUAAAACCCCCACCGCGCAUUUGACAAACAAAAACAACACGCCUCGUUAAAAAAAAAGCAGCACGGGAACAGACGAGGAUCGGUUCCACGUGAGCCCCAGACCUGCAGAGAGGCACCUGCGCCACGCUUAUUCGCCCCCCCCAGUAACGUUUUACACACUCCCCCACCGACUUGAAUCUCUCUCUCUGUGUGUAAAAGACGAGCGAGGCUGACGGGACAGCUCGCCAGGUGAAAAAUAAAAGAGAGGAGGCAGACCGAGGGAGAGGAGCUGGGAGGAUUAAUAGGAGAACUUUGAGGAUGAAGGGUAAGCCAGCGCCUGGGUGGUCAAUAAGACUUUCAAGGCUCCCAGUGUUCAUUUGAAAUGUAAUCUCUUUCAGUCUUUGUGAUUGUUCCUAUCAACUUUAUUGAAAACUGGAGCUGCCGGAUGUCUGAAACUGCCGCUUCUGCCUGUCGUGUAUUGUUAAUAAUGUUUUGAGUUGAACUGUCUGUAAAAAGCCUGAAAACAUUUCCCUCAUAGUCCACCAUUAUCAAUACCAGAACUACAAACUCACAUUCACUGUUUGCCAGUGUGUGUGUGUGUGUGUGUGUGUGUGUGUGUGUGUGUGUGUGUGUGUGUGUGUGUGUGUGU